AUGUCUGUGUUAAACGCCCAUGGCAGCUCUAAGUUAAAUAUCCCUAAAGUGUUAUUGCCACUGACACGAAGCACAAGGAUUAACUUUAUUCUUGAAACCACGGAGGGAUGCUACAGAUGGACUUCCACAAGACCAGAAGUGGCGAGUAUCCAGGCCCUAGAGGAGGACACGAGCAGAGGAUGCUCCAGGAAAGCUCUUCUUCAGGCCAUGUCCACACAGCCUUCCCGACUCACCAGCAUCAUUCUGGCUGAAGAUGUUGUCACAGGGCAAGUCCUGCGCUGUGAUGCCAUUGUGGACGUCAUCAGCGAAAUCCAGAUUGUGUCCACAACUCGAGAGCUGCAUCUGGAAGACUCUCCACUGGCUCUGAGGAUUCAUGCACUGGAUUCAGAAGGAAACACCUUCAGCACUCUCGCUGGCCUAGUUUUUGAUUGGACUUUGGUGAAAGAUGUUGAAACAAAUGGUUUCUCAGAUUCCUAUAAUUCACUGAGAGUGAUGAAGUUCUCUGAGUCCACGUACACUCCCCCAGCAUAUAUAUCAGAAAUGGAGCGUGUUGGGAAACAAGGCGAUAUCAUUUUAGUUUCUGGACUGAAAACGGGUCAUGCCAAACUGAAGGCCAAAAUACAGGAGUUGUUGUACAAGGAUGUGGGAGCUGCUGAAGUGAGACUGUUGAUUUUAGAGAACAUCAUGCUGAGUCCGGCCUAUGACGUGUACCUGCUGGUUGGCACCUCGAUCCGAUAUAAAGUCCUGAAGAUACGACAGGGCUCUAUUACCGAGCUUGUGAUGCCGUGUGAUCAAUACGAGCUGCACCUUGAGAACAGCGCAGUUGGAGCCAAUGGAAAGCCUGACCUCGCCGUGGCCAGCCUGGAUCAAAGAAGUUCAGAAGUAACUGCAGUUCAACUCGGCCAUAUCAAUGUGGUGCUGGACCAUAAGAGUCUUCGAAUGCAAGGAGUGUCUCGCCUUCCCAACAGCACCUUGUAUGUUGUUGAACCCGGCUACCUAGGCUUUAAAAUCCACCCUGGGGACACCUGGGUCCUCGAGACGGGCCGAGUGUACGACAUCACAAUAGAAGUGUUCGAUAAGACUGGCAACAAGAUGCACCUGUCUGAUAAUGUCCGCAUUGACGCCGUGUUCCCUGCAGAGUUCUUUGAGAAGCUGGACUCGUCACUGAACGGGUCAUACCACCGUGUCAAGGCUCUGGAUGAAGGCUUAACGCUGAUCGAUGCUACUUUAACAGCUGUCGUGGGAGGAAAUGGCGAGAUUUUCACGCUCUCAAACCCAGUCCACAACGAGCAAGAUGUGGAAAUCUAUAACCCAAUAGUGUUGCAUCCCAGCAUCCUCACGUUUCCAUGGCAGCCAAAGAUAGGAGCUUAUCAGUACACCAUAAAGGCGUCUGGGGGCAGUGGUAAUUUCAGCUGGUCCUCCUCCAAUAAAGCCGUGGCCUCCGUGACUGUGAGAGGGCGGAUGACGACUGUCAGCGAUGUGGGUCUGAGCGUGGUUUAUGCCCACGAUCUGCGGAACCCGCUGCAUUUUGGCCAGAUGAAGGUGUAUGUGGUGGAGCCUGUGGCGAUGGACUUUGCCCCCUGUCCAGUGGAGGCCAGGGUGGACACAGUGCUGGAGCUGCCCCUGAGGAUUUUCGGCAUUCUGGAGGAGAUGGAGAAAUAUCAAGUGAUGCUGAGUGACUGCUCCCACUUCGACCUGCAGGUGGAGGAGGAGAACCAGGGAGUCUUCCAGCUGCUCGAGGGGAGGCUGGCCCCGGGUCAGGACCGCUGCAGUGGAGUGAGGGUGAGGGCGGUGUCUGCAGGAUACACCACCCUUACAGUAAGCUACACCCACGGCAACGUGCACCUCAGCGCCAAGAUCACCAUCGCUGCAUACCUCCCACUGAAGGCGGUGGACCCCGUCUCGGUGGCCGUGGUGACUCUCGGCUCCUCUAAGGACAUGCUGUUUGAGGGGGGACCGUGGCCCUGGGUUCUGGAGCCCUCAAAAUUCUUCUGUAACUUGACUUCUGAAGACAAGGAUACAGUGAGCCUCUCUCUCGUGGGCCCUCAGUCCUCCAGCUCCAAACAGCACUGGGUCAGGGCCACAUGCAGAGUCCUGGGAGAGCAGGUGCUGCAGGUGGAGCUGGGGAACAAAGUGAGCAUGACAAACCCCUUCCCGGCGGUGGAGAAGGCCGCAAUGACCUUUGUGUGCGCUCCUCCAUCUCGACUCACCCUGGUCCCCGUGUACGACAGUCCUCAGCUGGACUUCACCUGCCCACUCCUGCAGCAGAACAAACAAGUGGUACCCGUCUCUAACUACCGAAACACCGUCUUGGAGCUUGCCGCUUUUGAUCAUCAGGGAAGGAAGUUUGAUAACUUUAGCUCGCUGAGUCUCCUUUGGGAAUCGACAAAGGUUUCGCUGGCAAGUAUUGAGCCCACAAUGCCCCUGGUGUUCAAGCUGAUUGAGGAGGACGACCAUCAAAAGAAACUUCAUGGGCACCAGACUGUCCUCGUCCAUCAUCAGACUGGCAUCGCCGCCAUCACCGUGACGGCUUUGGGGUACCAGGUCUCGCACCUCGCAGCCGCUCAAGUCUCCAGCCAUUACGAACCGCUGGCCCCUGUGGCUGCCACGCUGGAGCUGCUGCUGGUGGAAGAUGUCAAAGUGACUCCUAACGCUGUGACCAUCUACAACCACCCCGAAGUCCAGGUGAAUCUUGCCUUGUUGGAGGGCUCUGGGUACUUCUUUGUGAACACCAGCACAAAAGGAAUUGCAACUGUCACAUUUCAGGAAGUUUCCAAAACUGCUGAGCUGAAGCCUCUUCACUCUGGGACUGUGAAAGUGAUGGUCCACGAUCUUUGUCUAGCCUCCCCAGCUCCGGUCAAAUCUACAGUCCACGUUUCCGAUAUUUUGGAGGUUUAUGUCCGAGUAGUGGACAAGGUGGAAAUCAGCAAGUCUGUCCGAGCUUACGUCAGAGUAUUGGACGAGAACAAACAGCCCUUCCCAGUCAGUUAUUUCAAGCACAUGGGUCUGAAACUCAAAGCUGCUUCACAAGUCGUCUCUUUAAAGCAUCUAGCGGAAUCAUCAGAAAAAGACACGGCCGUGUUCCUCGUAAAAGGCGUUGCUAUCGGGCAGACGGCGCUGUCUGCUGUCGUUGUGGACAGAAACGACAGGAAAAUAGCAUCUGCUUCACAACCAAUAGAGGUCUUUCCACCAUUCAAGCUCAUCCCAAAAAGGAUGACUUUGCUAAUAGGAGCGAUGAUGCAGAUCACAUCCGAGGGCGGGCCGCAGCCUCAGUCCAACAUAAUUUUCUCGGUUUCCAAAGAGAAGAUCGCUUCCGUCGGCGCCAUUGGCCUCGUGAAGGGGACCACCGUGGGCAACGUCACCGUCACGGGGCUGGUUCAAGCCGUUGACGCGGAAACUGGGAAACUUGUGGUUGUGUCUCAGGACCAAGUGGAAGUGGAGGUCGUGCAGCUGUCGGCCAUUCGUAUCAAAGCCCCCAUUACACGGAUGAAGACGGGAGCGCAGAUGCCAGUGUUUGUGAUCGGUCUGAGCAGCAGCCAAACGCCCUUCUCUUUGGCCAACGCUGUCCCAGGCCUCACCUUUCACUGGUCCACCACCAAGAGGGACAUUCUGGACGUUCAUCCACGACACCCCGAGACUAAUGUGGAGCUGCAGGCAGAGCAUAAUUUUGGCAUGAGGGUGACGGGAAAGACCAGAGGGAGAACCGGACUCAAGGUGGUUCUGAGGGUGAAGGACCCCGCAGCAGGACAACUGGUGAACGCUUUGGAGGAGCUGAAAGAUGAGAUUCAGAUCCAGGUCUACGACAAGCUGCGCAUGCUUAAUCCUCAAGUGGAGACAGGGGAGAUAUUGAUGGCACCAAACUCUGCCCUCAAGCUUCAAACCAACCGAGACGGGGUCGGCCUGCUCUCGUACCAGAUGGUGGAUGCCCCAGACCAGCUCGCUGUCGCACAAGUGGACGAUAAAGGCUUCCUCUGCUCCAGCUCUCUCACCGGCAUCUCCUCGCUCCUGGUCACUUCGCAGGAGAACUUCGGAGUCAAUCAAACGCUCAUCCUGGCCGUCAAGGUGGUCCCAGUGUCGUAUGUCCAGUUCAUUAGCAGCCCUGUGCUGCCCUUCGCUGCCAAAGACAGAUUGAGAGCGUUUCCUCUGGGGAUGGUCCUCACUUUCUCCGUCCAAUUUCACUCCAGCACCGGCGACUGCCUGCACAGCUCCAGCUCCCGCCUCACGUUCACCACGAACAGAGAGGACCUGGUGCAGGUGGGCUUUGGGGCAGAUAACCACACUGUGACCGUGCGGACGGUGAACGUGGGCCUCACGCUGCUCGCUGUGUGGGACACGGAGAACCAGGGCGUGGCAGACUUCAUCCCUCUUCCUGUGGAGCAUGUGAUCCUUCCCGAACAGGCCACCAGGCUCGUGGUGGGAGAUGUGGUCUGCUUCAGCGUCCCUCUUCUGAGCCCAGAUGGUGUCCAGGGCACAUGGAGCUCCUCCUCUAGUGCUGUGCUUCAGGUGGACCCCAAAAGUGGUGCAGCCGUAGCCCGAGACGCCGGCACAGUGACCGUGUACUAUGAGAUCCCUGGAUUACUGAACACGUACAGAGAGGUGAUCGUGGACGCGUCACUUAAAACAACAGCUCAGGCUCAUGGGACACCGAUAAGAAGUGGUGACGAGACAAAGGUGUUCCUGUCAACCCGAGAAAGAGGAACCAACCUGAUUGGUUCUUGCUCCUCUGCCCAGACUGCAGCCAUCCCUCUGCUGCGCCCCGAGGCCUCCGUCAGCUGCCUCUUGACCUUCACCAGUGACGCUGUGGGCUUCUCUCCAAACGACGUCUUCAGAACUCACACCAGCUUUGACUCAAACAUGGGCUUGUACACUUGUUCCCUGACCUUGCAGUCUCUGUCGGAGCAGCAGAGUCGUGUGCUCAGCGUGUCCCUGACUAAUGUGCUGGUCAGAGCGGGCCUGGAGGGCAGCGCCUUCUCCGGGGAGCAGCUGGGUGUGCGUCUGCCCGUGGAGCCCGGCCUGUACUCGGACCAGAGCGAGCUGCUGCUGUCCAGCCACCACCCCUCCUCCGAGCUCACGGUGUACGGGCCGGCCGCCGCCCUGUCCACUGUGGAGGCGGCGUCGACCUCCGCAGACGUCUCCAUCCAUGAGGUGCAGGUGCAGCAGGCCUUCCCCAGCUUCAUCAGGUACUCGGUGACCGCAGCAGAGGCCAGCAGUGGGGUCUCGUCCUCCGUGGUCAUCACCUCCUCGUCCGGACAGAAGCUGGUCGUCCCCGUCACCGUGAUGCGAGUGACCGACGCCAGUGUGGCUAAAGCUGCUGCUCUUCCUCUGGGGAGUUCGGAGGGAGGCUCGUCUCUGCUCGGCUUCCUCAACAUCUACCAGACCACCCUCUUCGUCCUGUUUGCUCUGCUCGCCGGCGCCGCCAUCAUCAUCAUCGUGUUCCACUCGUUGUUUUCGCCCAGAGACCCGGCGUACCACCCGGCCUUCGUCCACAGAACCCCGCCAGUCAUGGGUGUGAACUCGCCCAUAAACUCGUACAACAACUCCAUGGCGAGGAUGGACCUGAGCGGCAGUCCACGGUCGCGGCUCUUCUCUCCCGAUUAUAAAUCCUGA